GGUCGCUCUGCUGUGGUUUCUGGUAGCAGCAGGAUGAGCUGUGUGGCCCGCUCUGGGGGAGCCAGCGGAGGGGCCUGUGGGUUCCAGAGUGGAGCAGGCGGCUUUGGCAGCCGCAGCCUCUACAACCUGGGUGGCAAUAAGAGCAUCUCCAUCAGUGUGGCAGCUGGUGGUUCGCGGGCUGGUGGCUUUGGUGGACGUAGCAUCUGUGGGGGUGGCUAUGGAAGUGGCUUUGGGGGUGGCUAUGGAGGUGGCUUUGGUGGUGGUUUUGGUGGUGGCAGAGGAGUAGGAGGUGGCUUUGGAGGAGCUGGUGGUUUUGGAGGAGCUGGUGGCUUUGGAGGAGCUGGUGGUUUUGGAGGAGCUGGUGGUUUUGGAGGAGCUGGUGGUUUUGGUGGCCCUGGUGGCUUUGGUGGUCCUGGUGGCUUUCCUGGAGGAAUCCAAGAAGUGACUGUCAACCAGAGCCUCCUGAAGCCCCUCAAUGUGGAAAUCGAUCCCCAGAUUGGGCAAGUAAAGGCCCAGGAGCGGGAGCAGAUCAAGACCCUCAACAACAAGUUUGCUUCCUUCAUUGACAAGGUGCGGUUCCUGGAGCAACAGAACAAGGUCCUGGAGACCAAGUGGAACCUCCUUCAGCAGCAGGGCACAAAUUCCAUCACUGGUACCAACAACCUUGAGCCCCUUUUUGAGAGCUACAUCAACUCCCUGAAGAGCUACCUGGACAACAUCCUUGGGGAGAGAGGCCGCUUAGACUCAGAGCUAAGGAACAUGCAGGACCUGGUGGAGGACUUCAAAAGGAAAUAUGAGGAGGAAAUCAAUAAACGUACAGCUGCUGAGAAUGACUUUGUAACCCUGAAGAAGGAUGUGGACACUGCUUACAUGAGCAAAGUGGAGCUUCAGGCCAAGGUGGAUGCCCUGACAGAUGAGAUCAACUUCCUGAGGACCCUUUAUGAUGCGGAGCUGUCCCAGAUGCAGAGCCAUGUCAGUGACACAUCUGUGGUGCUGUCCAUGGACAACAACCGCUUUCUGGACCUGGAUAGUAUCAUUGCUGAGGUUAAGGCCCAGUAUGAGGACAUCGCUCAAAGGAGCAAAGCUGAGGCUGAGGCCUUGUACCAGACCAAGUUGGGAGAGUUGCAGACCACAGCUGGCAGACAUGGUGAUGACCUAAAGAACACCAAAAGUGAGAUCAUGGAGCUCAACAGGAUGAUCCAGAGGCUGCGAGCAGAGAUUGAGAACAUCAAGAAGCAGAAUGCUAACCUCCAGUCAGCCAUUGCGGAAGCUGAGCAGCGUGGGGAGAUGGCUCUCAAGGAUGCCAAUGCCAAGCUCCAAGACCUGCAGGCUGCCCUGCAGCAGGCUAAGGAUGAUCUAGCCCGGCUGCUGCGUGACUACCAGGAGCUCAUGAAUGUCAAGCUGGCCCUGGAUGUGGAGAUUGCCACCUACCGCAAGCUGCUGGAGGGCGAGGAAUGCAGGAUGUCUGGAGAGUGUGAGAGUGCUGUGAGCAUCUGUAACAACAGCAGUACGACUUCAGUCUCAGCUGGUGGUUAUGGAGGCGGCUACGGAGGUGGCUUUGGCGUAGGAGGAGGCUCCGGCAGCUGCUUUGGCAGAGGAGGAGGCAGUGGAUUCGGGGGCUGUAGUGGUUUUGGCGGGGGCAGCGGCUUUGGCUCUGGCUCUGGCUCUGGAGGUCGCUGUGGGGUCAGUGGCGGAGGCUUCAGCUCUAGCAGCAACCGGGGCGGCAGCAGCAUCAAGUUCUCGCCCUCCCAGCGCAGCGGCAGAUAA